UUUCUCUUUUAUAUAUACAACAUAUAUAUAUAUAAAACUUUCCGUUAUAUAAACACACACACACAUAUAUAUAUAUAUAUUAUACCAACAUGCAUGACAAGUCAAGUAUCCCUUUUUUACUAAAUAAUGAAACUCGUACUACAAACUUACUAAAGGAUAAUUUACCAAUAAAACGCCAACGACAAACAACAAAGGAACAAGACGAAAAGCCACUUGUAAACAACGACAAAUCAUUACUAUUAUCACCUCGAUCAUUAUCACCUUCGUCAAAAAUAGAAGAAGAACCUAAUGAUACUUUUGAAAAACUGGAAACAUCUUUACCCGAACAAGGUCGAUCAAAACGAAAACGAAAACAGAUCAAUUAUAGAUUCCCAUUAUACGAUUCAACUGAUAUUCUCAAACCUGGAAGAAGACAGAUCUCUUCAGAAUCACCUCGUUGGCAUACUCAAUCUUAUAUCAUGUUAUUGGCUUUACGCGAACAACCUGGUUGCUGUUUAGCUAGAACUCCUUUGAUUAAUGCUGCUGUGGCUAUGGAUGAAAAGAUUAGUCGGGAAAGGAAUCUACCAAGAGUCUUCCGUGGAAAGACUCCUAAGAACUCGGCAUCAGCAGUCUUAACCACUAAUACAGAAAGAUAUUUUGUUGGUUUCAAACCUGAAGGAAGUCGAAGUACUCAUUUCCGAUUGGCUUAUACUCCUGGCAACUUUGACAGUGCAUAUGCAGAAUACAAAAAAUGGAUGGAAAAACUAGUUGGACAUGAUUGGCUUUAUUGUUUUGGCAUACCAUUACCAAAGGAUGACAUUAUCAAUAAUACUGAAGAAAAUGGAGAAGACACAACAUUGAUCACACAACCUUUGAUGACCACUGAUACGAUUUCUUUAUCACCAAUGACAAUGAAGGAUACAAUCGAUGAAAAGGAAAACAGCAAUAACCAAGAUACCAGCAAAGUGGAAACGACGAUAAAGGAAGAAGGGCAUACUUCUUCGUCAGAUCCGCCGCAAUCAUUAGCAUUUACAACCGCUUCAUCACCAUCAUCAUCAUCAUCACAACAAGAAUCAUCCAAGGUACAGAAACCGGAGGAGACACAAACAGAAAAGGUGGAACAACCAAUUUAUCAAUUACAUGAACUGGAUCUUAGCAACGUUCCUACAUCCUUACGAGAUAUUGUACGAGUAGAUAUAUCCACUAUUCCAAAUGCUGGUCAAGGUUUAUUUGCAACACGAAAAUUACCUUAUAACAGUCCAUUGGGAUUUUACUUUGGUGUACCGAUGACAGAAUUUGAAUUUGAUUCACUCAAGGAACAUGUAGGUCGUGCAUCAGAAUACUCAAUCAUGUACCGCAAGACUGUGUUAGAUGCAACGGAUGAGACUGGAGAACCUUACUUAUCAAAGACAGAAGAAGAAGAGAAGAUCAUGGCGGUACCUGACCAACGGCUAUGUCCAUUUCAUUACAUGAACGAGGCGAAUGAUCAAGAAUUGGCCAACAUUAUCUUUGUUGAAGGUACGGUGGUGAAUCAAAUCAUUUGUUGGACGAGGCGUGAUAUCGAACCUGGUGAAGAAUUGUUAGUAUGGUAUGGUGCGGAUGUCAAUCGAUAUUGGUCAGAAUACAAGAAACAACAUGAAACAUGAUUUGGAAAAAGAUCAAUAUUAUUUAGCAAGUAUUAUGUUUAUUAUAGUAGCAGUUUUUAUUCAUUAGUUUUAUUUAUCUUUUAAAUGAAAAAAAAAAUAGUCUUGUGUUAUAUAUUCUUUAUUCAAAAUGUUUUUUUUUUGGAAAAAUAAAAAUAAAAAUAAAAAAAUGACAUGAUAUGAAACAAAAUUAUAUAUAUAUAUAUCUAGGUUUAAU